ACAACAGUGAGACAUGGGGACUCAUAUGACUCUGGCUUUCAAAGCCUAAACUGUGUUCCUUCCAGAGGAAAUACUCACAAGGGCAAAGGUGAUUGGUCACCCGAAAAAUCAAGUUCUCCUGAAGUUGUGGAUCAGUCAGAGAUGCAGAUGAGAGUGGACUUCUUUCGAAAACUAGGUUAUUCCUCAGAAGAAAUUUAUUCAGUUCUGCAGAAUCUUGGUAUUGAUGCAGAUACGAACACUGUGCUGGGAGAGCUAGUAAAGCACGGAGGAAACCCGGAAAGGGAGGCUGUGCCCGAGGAGACCACAGAUCUUACUUUAAUCCCUCGAGGUGGUUUGGGGACAAGGUCAACCACAGCUUCAACUGAGGAGAGUGGCAGUAACAACCUAAGGCCCAUUGUUAUUGAUGGAAGCAACGUUGCCAUGAGUCAUGGUAACAAAGAGACGUUCUCAUGCCGUGGAAUUUUACUUGCUGUCAGUUUUUUCCUGGAAAGAGGCCACACAGAUAUCACAGUUUUUGUUCCAUCAUGGAGAAAAGAGCAACCUAGGCCUGAUAUGCCUAUUACAGAUAAACACAUUCUAACUGAACUUGAGAAGAAAAAAAUCUUGGUCUUCACCCCGUCUCGGCGAGUCAACGGGAAGCGGCUUGUUUGCUAUGAUGAUAGGUUUAUUGUAAAGUUGGCUUACAAGUGCAAUGGGAUCAUAGUCUCAAAUGAUACUUACAGAGACCUCCAGAGUGAAAACCCAGAGUGGAAGAAGUUCAUAGAGGACCGGCUACUUAUGUACUCCUUUGUCAAUGAUAUAUUUAUGCCUCCGGAUGAUCCCAUGGGUCGAAAAGGACCAAACUUAGAUGAUUUCCUAAGGAAAAGGCCUCUUGGACCAGAAAACAAAAAACUACAGUGUCCUUAUGGUAAGAAAUGCACCUAUGGAAUGAAGUGCAAGUUUUAUCACCCAGAAAGGAUAAACCAGACUCAGCGUUCAGUAGCAGAUGAACUCCGUGAAAAUGCAAGGCAUUCCCCCACAAAGAGCACUACUUACUUGGAGGACAAGAAAACAAGAAAACAUUCUGUUGCUGAGACUUCCAUUGUAGAAGCAGACAAUUCAAAUCUGCAAAAGCUUUCUUUGGAGAGAACUGGAUCUUCUCAAAAAGCAAGUGCAAUGGACAAGAAUGCAUUAAAACAAUUUUACUCCAAUGGAGCUCCUGAAUGGUUCCGUCCAUCUGUUAGCUCCAAGGAUUCCCUUCCUCUUAACUCUUGUGACUCUGGUUUGGGUGAUUUGUGGACAAGUAUAUCAAACAGUUGCUGUGAUCCUUCUCAUGAGUCAGUGCAAUAUUGCAGCGGUAGCCAACAGAUAGCAUGCUGUCAGCAUACACCUGAUUUGAACUCAGAUCCUCGUAUACAGUAUAGUUCUCAUAAAAUGGUUCCACAUGGUCCUCAUUCAGCACCUUUCUUCACCUAUAACCAGUCUUCCCCAUGGUCAGCCCAAAGUAUGUCACAACAUAUGUACAGAAGGGAAAUGUCAGAAAUAGGUCCACCUGCCCAUCGUAGUCUUCCUGACAAUUACGCUGCUUCAGCUACAUGCUCACGUGAGUUCUGGUCUGACCCAAAUGUAAUGCAUCAUUCCUCAACUAGAUCCCAAUCUAACUACCAAGGAUACAUACCAGUUCAACAUUCAAAUAAUGAUUACCACCAAUGGCAAAACCAGGAACAGUACACGGCAGAGAAAUUAAGAGUACGCACUAAUCUUUGUGCUAUCUUCAACCACCAGUUAGUAGAUGUUGUCAUGAAAAUGCACCCACAACAGUUGGAUCCACAGAUAUUAGCAGCUGAAAUAUUCAAUUACAGAUCCCAAAACCGGAUGUAAAAUUCAAUAGAUAUUAUAAGCCUUAGCCACAUGAUUUAUGUGGAAAAGCCAUAGCUUUCAUUACCAAAGUCUAAAAUAGCAAACCUGUGGUUCAGUUUCAUUCAUCAUACUGAGGGUUAUUGUUUUGUGAUGCUGCAUUAUGAGAAGCAGU